AUGUCUCUAGAUGAUCAUCUCCCCCCCGCAGUGAGCAGCCGCACGGUGGUCACCUCCGACCUCACCUUCCACCUCCUGGAAGCCGGAUUCUCCCCCGGCCACGACCGACCGCUGAUCCUCCUGCUGCAUGGAUUUCCCGAGCUGGCGUUUUCCUGGCGGCGAGUCCUGCCGUUACUCGCCGCGCAGGGGUAUCAUGCCGUGGCCCCGGACCAGCGAGGGUUCGGCCGCACAACGGGCUGGGACACGCGCUCCUUCGACUUUGUGGACCUGGCCAGUUUCUCGCUGACAACCCUCGUGCGCGACUGCGUCCUGCUAGUCCAUGCCCUGGGAUACCGGGCUGUCCGAUGUGUCGUGGGCCACGACUGCGGUGCCGUGCCUGCUUCGUUGUGUGCGUUGAUCCGGCCCGAUCUCUUCCACAGCCUCGUCCUGCUCAGCCAUCCUUUCAACGGGAGUCCUUUGCCAGAGACCAGCAAGAAGGAAGAUAACGAAAAUAACGAAAAUUAUAACAAUAGAAAUGAUGGUAGCUCUGGAGUGGAAUCGGCGGCAGGAGACGUUCGUGUCGCUCUGCGUCGUCUCGGGAAAAAACACUACAAAUGGUACAACUCGACCCCGGCCGCGAACCAGGACAUGACCAACCCGCCAGAGGGCCUCCACGUCUUUCUACGCAACUACUUCCAUCUCAAGAGCGGGUCGUGGGCGGGAAACAAUCCACACCCACUGCAGAAAUGGUCUGCGGAUUCCCUUCUCCACCUGCCGGCGUACUACAUCAUGCCCGUCGAGGCGACCAUGCCCGCCGCCGUGCGCGCUGAGAUGGACGCGCUAUCCGCCCAAGAACAAGCGAGGUCGCAUGUCUGGCUGCCCGACAGCGAGCUCGCCGUCUAUGCGGCCGAAUACGCCCGCACGGGCUUCCAGGGCGGACUGAACUGGUACCGCGUGCGGACGGCGACGCGCGGGCAGCACACGCGCGACUUUGACCUCUUCGCCGGCAAGAAGAUCGAGGUCCCUUGUGCGUAUGUCUCUGGCCGGCUCGACUGGGGCACCUACCAGGAGCCUCGGGCGCUGGAAAAGAUGCUUGACGGAUCCGUCUGUCUGGAUUUCCGCCGCGCUGUCCUUCUCGACGGCGUUGGGCACUGGGCGCCGCAGGAAUGCCCGGUAGAAGUGGCUAAUGUGAUUAUUGAUAUUGCUAGCUGUCGAGAAAACAAAUAA